AUGCAUGUGUUUUACACAAACCCUCGUUACAUCCUAUUUCUCCAUCUUGUGCUGAACGAUAUGAUCCAGCUGACAAUAUCGGUCGUCCUGUUUUCUGUUGCUUACAUCUUCUACAGAAUUAGUGUUCCUGUCUGUUUCUUUGGUGUAAUUGCAGCUGUUUGCAUCACCAUAAACACACCGUUGAAUUUAGCUGCAAUGGCUGUGGAGAGGUACAUCGCUGUGUGCUUCCCUCUGAGACACGCUGAGCUCUGCACCGUCAGACGGACUUAUAUUCUGAUCGUCUGGAUUUGGGUUUUCAGCUCAUUUACAGUUUUGUUUGAAACCAUUGUUCUUCUGUCAACAAAACCUCUGGAGUUUUUUCAUUCCACAAUAUAUUGUCUGCUGGAAAAUCUGUUCCGACACCCAAUUAGCACACAGGUGAGAGAAAUUAACUAUAUAAUUUAUUUAACGGUAGUUUGGUUCACCCUUUUCUUUACUUACUUCAAGAUCUUCUUUGCUGCCAAAGCAGCUAACUCAGCUGAUGGAAAAACAAAAAAGGCCAGAAACACCAUCCUGCUUCAUGGCUUUCAGCUCCUGCUGUGUAUGCUGACAUAUGUAGAACCUUUCGUCAAAAAUACUCUUAUCCGCAUGUUCCCUAAAUACACUGCUCACUUACGCUUUGUUUCUUAUAUCAUUAUUAACAUUCUCCCCAGGUUUAUCAGCCCCAUUGUGUACGGGCUGCGAGACAAAACAUUUAAAGAGCAUUUGAAAAGAAACUUUACCAUGAAUCUUUUUCUUUUGCAUAAUAAAGUAUGA